AUUGACAAGUAAAUGAAUUAUGAAAUUGUAAAUUUUGUAUUUUUAGUUUAGGUUACAGUUUUUGGAUUUGCAAAAUAUAAAUGGUUUAUUUUCUUGUAAAUGUAAUAAAAUGUCGUCAGCGUUAGUUCGCCAAGCACUAGCAUUUGUGGAUCAAGAAGAAACUAAAGCUGAAGGAAAAAAACGUCGCGCAGAUUCGACUCGACCCCGAGACAUAGGUCAAGUCACCAGUCACCAAUACAAGAAAAAGAAAAGAACACAAACCAAAAUUGGUGUAUCACAUAAAGAGGAUUUAACAGAAGAGAACAUUAAAAAGCUCUUAGCAUUGUCAACACCAACUGCUAAUAAGGCUGUGGCUGAAAAGUUUAUGUUUUAGAUAGUUCAGCGUGCAAUAGCAGGUAAACCUCUAUUGGAUAAAAUUGAAAUAAAAGUUGUCGAGGAAAAAUCAAUUUUAUUCCCUGAGGACGAGGAGGAUUGUAAGAAAAGCAAAACAAAGAAAAGACAUCAUAAAAAGUAAUAUUAUCUAAAUACAGUGACAAAAAGGUUAUGUCUUUAUGGAUAUUCCUGAUGCAGUCUUGGGAAAACUGAUUUUGGUGACAACACUGACUGUAUUCACAAUUUUGGUAUUUUGGAUUAAUUCUUACCCUUUUAUUGAUGAAGAUUUUGCAAUCUACAAAUACAUUCCUGAUCCACAGUGGGUAUUGCUAGGCUGUGCUGUGUGGGGUCUCUUCUUUGUAGGAGGACUCAUGUCCUUUACCCUCUACCAUAUCUACCCCUUCCUAUAGUACACUUCAAAGUUCCAAGCACCCCUUGCACAUUAAGGUUACCUACCCACUUUUCUUCGAGCCGCAAAUUUAAAUUUGGAAACAUGACUUUGGCAAAGAGAGAUGAAUGGAUUAUCAUAGGUAUAUCGGGAGUGACCUGCGGUGGAAAAACAACUUUAGCUAACAAAUUGCUGGAUAUCCUCUCACCAGUAUAUAUCUUCCAUCAAGACAAAUACUUCUAUCCAGAUGACAGUCCUCAUCAUAUCAAGUGUGACAAUUUGGACCACAAUAAUUAUGAUAUUUUGUCAUCAUUGAACAUGUCAUUGAUGUAUGACGAUAUUGUUAGCACCAUUAAUGGAGACAAUAAGUCACAAAAUCAUAAUCUGGAUAGAAGUCAUGGAAAAAUAGAAGUGAAGGGAAAGAAGUUUAUGAUUGUAGAGGGAUUCACGGUUAUAAAUUAUAAGCCUAUAAUGGAGAUUUGUCAUUUAAGGUACUUCUUUGUAUUAGACUAUGCAACAUGUUUAAAUCGCCGGGUGUACCGCUUAUAUGAUCCACCAGACAUCGACGGUUACUUUGACCAGUGUGUUUGGCCUGAACACCUCAAAUACAGAGCUGAGGUCGAAAAAGAUAAACGUAUCACCAUCUUAGAUGGAACGAGACACGAUUCUCUUGAGACCGUUUUAUCAAAUCUUGCAUCAAUGGGCUCUUCAAAAGUAUUAUGAAAUUAAGCUGAAAUUGGUAUUGUUCGUGUAAUCACUAAUAAAGUGACGAAGUUACAUACUGGAUGUAUAUUAUUUUAUAGUCAUAUUGUAUGUUAUAUUACAAUGUAUCAUACCUACGUUCUUAAAAUGCGCAUUUAUACAUAAGUAUUUUAGAGAUAACUCCAGAUUUAGCACUAACAAUUUAUUUUUAAUUGACUAUAUAUUUUGGUAGAGCUAAAUGAAUUUUCAAAAUUACUCAUAAUGAUGUUUUCAAAUUUAAUCAUGUUACUAUAAUUAAUUAACCAAAUUAAAUUGUUUUAGUAGUUAACUAAUUUAUAUUAUAUAAAGCUUUUUACUCUACUGAGUGCAAGCUAAUUUUAUUUCCAACGAAAAAAACGUAGCUUAAAAUAAGAUUAAAUGUGUUUCGUCGAUGUUUUCAGUUCAUUUUCAUCACAUGCUGUAUUUUGGUAAAUUUCUAUGUUGUAACUUAAAGAACUGUGUCGUUAAUUUUAUGCUGCAGAUGUCGCUAAAUUGAAAUUUAAUAAAUUUAUACUUUGCAGUA